GCGCGCGAGGGCUGGGCGUUCCACAGGCCAAGUGCUCUGCGCUCGGUGGAUGCCAGCCAGGCUAGAGCCAGCCGAGCGAACGAGGACAGGCACCGAGGGGGCGCGGCCGCCGGCCGGAGGACACAGCGAGCUAGACGCAGGAGCCGUCCACGGCCCGACAGCCAGUGCAUUGGCAAUGGAGCGCCUUGUCUCCCGCCGCAGUUUUCCCCCGUUAGUGCGCAGCAGCGCCUGCCGCAGCCUCUUCGGGCCGGUGGACCACGAGGAGCUGAGCCGUGAGCUGCAGAUGCGCCUGGCCGAGCUGACCGCCGAGGACCAGCGCCGCUGGGACUACAACUUCCAGCAGGACAUGCCGCUGCCGGGCCCUGGGCGCCUGCAGUGGACCGAGGUGGACAGCGAGUCCGUGCCCGCUUUCUACCGCGAGACGGUGCAGGUGGGGCGCUGCCGCCUGUCCCUGCGGGAUGCACCGCGCCUGGCGGCGGUCCACCCGUCGGCCCCGCGGAGCAAACUCCGCGCAAGCGUCUGCGAUGAGCCUCGCGCCCAAAGAGCCCCGAGGGAGCCCGCUGGGCAGCGGACAGGAGAGGAGCGCUGGGCCUCGGCUGGGACCGUCCAUGUAGCAGCAACCGGCGGCAGCUGCCACUGAGCAGCGUUCGGUUUUGUGUUAAAAGUUUGAAAACUGUGCAAUGUAUUAAUAACGUCUUUUAUAUCUAAAUGUAUUCUGCACGAAGAGUACACUGGUCCCAAGGUGUAAAGCUUUAAGAGUCAUUUAUAUAAAAUGUUUAAUCUCUGCUGAAACUCAGUGCAAAAAAAUGAAAAAAGAAAAAAAUGGAAAAAAAAAGAAAAAAACAUGUAUAUUUGUACAAAAAGUUAAAAAAAAAAAGUUAUACUAACUUAUAUUUUCUAUUUAUGUCGAGGCGUGGGCCGCUCUGCCACGCGAUUGCUCGGUUAUUGGCUAUGCCAAAGGCUCGUCACCCGCAUCUGGUUAUCCACAAAUGUAAAUUUAUUUUUAUAGCGGACUCUGGGGGGGUCGCUCACAAGCCGCAGCUGCCGUACCAGCCCAUCUAGCUUUGCAGUCUCUUCGCGCUUUCGCUGUCUCUUUUAUUAUUAUGAGUAUUUUAAACUUGAAGUCAAAUCUAUAAAAAUGGUUCCUGAGCCGUCUGCACCACUGCCCCGGCCCCUGUCCGCCGGGUUCUAAAUAAAGAGGCCGAAAAAUGCUGCAACUCA